AUGCUGGGUCCGACACACCACGGCGAGCGGUAUGAGCUCACCAGCCCGACAGCCCUGCCCAAGUCUGGCGGCUUCUUGUGGAACCAGCGGAUGAUGAUCCAGAUCACCUGCCGGGGCUACGCUACUGCCCAGUUCAUGCAGCCCGAGCCAGCCAAGUACGCCCACGCCCCGAAUCUCGAGGCCAGGACUUUUAUGCAGCCCGAGCAGAACUACUACGCCCACCACCCAGGUCGCUUCGUCUAUAUCAAGGAUGAGGAGACGAGCGAGCUCUUUUCGGCCCCCUACGAGCCCGUCCGCGCCAAGCUGGACCGCUUCGUCUUCUCCAUCGGCAAGAGCGAUAUCUCCUGGACGGUCGAGCACCUAGGCAUCCGCGUCGAUAUGACUGUACGCCUGCCGACCGAGGACGUCGCUGAGCUGUGGGCCGUCAAGGUGACCAACGUCUCCGGCAGGCCGCGCAAGGUCAGCGUCUAUGCCUACUUCCCCAUUGGCUACAUGUCCUGGAUGAACCAGUCCUGCGAGUGGCGUCAAGACCUGCUGUCCGUAGUUGGCACCAGCAUCACUCCCUACCAAAAGGCCGAGGAUUACUUCAAGAACAAGCAUCUCAAGGACAAGACGUACUUUGCUUGCGAGACUGCUCCGGACUCAUGGGACGCCAUGCAGGGUGCCUUCGAGGGGGAUAGUGGCCUGCACGCACCAGAAGCUGUGAUGGCCGAAGAGCUCACCCGCAGCGACGCUCGGUAUGAGACGCCCACGGCCGCCGUACAGUACCGCGUGCAGCUCGAGGCCGACGGAAAGCGGGAAUACCGCUUUCUCUUCGGUCCCGCCUUUGACGACGCAGAGAUCAAGUCUAUGCGCGAGAAGUACCUGAGCAAAGCGGGCUUCGCCCAGGUAGCCGCGGACUACACCACGUACAUCCAGCAAGGGCGGGGGUGUCUGCAGAUCGACACGCCCGACAAGGAGCUCAACAACUUUGUCAACCACUGGCUGCCGCGCCAGCAGUUCUACCACGGCGAUGUAAAUCGACUGACCACGGAUCCACAGACGAGGAAUUACCUCCAGGACAGCAUGGGCAUGACCUACAUCAACCCGGCGUACGCCCGCAAGGCCUUCCUCCUCUCCCUGUCGCAGCAAGAGGCGACGGGCGCCAUGCCCGACGGGAUCAUUCUCGUUGAGGGCGCUGAGCUCAAGUACAUCAACCAGAUUCCCCACACGGACCACUGCGUCUGGCUGCCCGUCGCGCUCGAGGUCUACCUCGCCGAGACGGCCGACUACGCCCUGCUCGACGAGGUCGUCAAGUCCGAGGGCGGCGACGCCCUUACCGUCUUUGACCGCUUCAGCCGCGCCAUGGACUGGCUGCUCGGCGCGCGCGACGAGCGCGGCCUCAGCUACAUUGCCCAGGGCGACUGGUGCGACCCCAUGAACAUGGUCGGCUACAAGGGCAAGGGCGUCUCCGGCUGGCUCACCCUCGCCACCGCCUACGCUCUCAACCUCUGGGCCGACAUCUGCGAGAACCAAGGAAAGGAGGACCUCGCGAGGCACUACCGCGCCGGCGCGGCCGAGUGCAACGCGGCGGCCGAGAAGCACCUCUGGGACGGCGACUGGUACGCCCGCGGCAUCACCGACGACGGCGUGACUUUCGGCAUCAAGGAGGACGCCGAGGGCCGCAUCUGGCUCAACCCGCAGGCCUGGUCCAUCCUCUCGGGCGGCGCGACGCCCGAGCAGCGCACGCGCAUGAUCCCGGCCGUCGACGAGCAGCUCGCGACGCCCUACGGCGUGGCCAUGUUCGCCCCGCCCUUCAGCGGCAUGCGCGAGGACGUCGGCCGCGUGACGCAAAAGUACCCCGGCUCGGCCGAGAACGGCGCCGUGUACAACCACGCGUCCGUAUUCUACAUCUACGCGCUGUACACGCUGGGCAUGCGCGGAGAGGGUGGCGAGAAACAGCAGGCCGGAGAGGCGGAACGGGCCUAUCGGGCGCUGCGGCAGCUGAUCCCCGGCCCGGGAGAGGAGGACUACCGCCAGCGUGGGCAGCUGCCCGUGUACAUCCCCAACUACUACCGCGGCGCAUGGAAGCAGUACCCGCGCACGGCGGGUAGAAGUAGCCAGCUGUUCAACACAGGCACCGUGUCGUGGGCGUACAGGUGCUUCAUCGAAGGUCUUUGCGGCCUGCGUGGCGAUGCUGAGGGUCUGUGCAUUCGCCCGCAGAUGCCCAAGGAAUGGACCGGAAUGAAGGUCCAGCGGCUGUUCCGGGGUGCGACAUUCCAGCUGGACAUUUCGAGGAGUGGAGAAGUCAAAGAUGUGGUGGUUGAGCAGGACGACAAGAGGUUAUCGGAGGCCAAGAUCAAGAACAUCAAGGCUGGCGAGACGUACCAGCUCAAGGUGCUGGUUCCAGAGUAA